UCAGCAUCACCACAGCCGAGUGAGGAGCAGAGGAUACCUGCGUUUCUACAGAGACAACCGCACCCUGAAACACCUGCCCUUCCUCAUCCACUCUGCAGGGAAUACGGCGGUGUUGGUGGUCAUGUCAGCUGGUCUGCCAGAGGUUGAUCAUCUUCCUGUUUAUCUGCUGCUAGGGAUUCUGGGACUGGAGCUCCUGGUCUCUCUGCCUUGUCUGAUCAUCUACACAGUCAGGGUGGUGAGGUUCAACAGAGACAGAGCUGGUCCAGAUAUCAGUCAGGAGGAACCAUCUACCUCCUACAACACUACUGAGACUGGCUUCAGAGAGGGCUCCAGUCUGGAGGAGGUAGUGGAGAAACAAGCUGAUCUCAUCGACUACCUGAAGCAACACAACACCUUACUGAGCAAGAGACUGCUCAACAUGACUGUUCAGCACUGACCACAAUACAACCACAACCAUAAGAGACAGAGAGAGGAGGAUGGAAGAAGAGAAGAGUGUCACAGAUUAGAGGCCUCGAGUUUUAUUUCUCUGUGACCACCCCAAGUGACCUCUGGAUAGUGUGUGUGCGUAGAGAUUGUGUGUCUGUGUAGAGAUUGUGUGUGAAAAGGGUAGUCAUUAGAGAUAUGUGAGAAAGAGGGAGAAGAAGGGAGGAGAGAUGAUGGAGGGAGAGAGAGAAAAAGAGGGAGGGAGGGAGAGAGAGAGAGAGGAAGAGAGAAGGGAGAAAGAGAGAGAC